CGGCACACCACCAUACCAUCCCGCACCGCACGAGGAAGGCGAGCCAACCACCCACCACCGCCGCGAGGCUAGCACCACGGGCGAGCUCGGCCGAUUCCGUUUGCGAUUCCGUCUGCGCUAUUGAGGUUUGUUUGGGGGAAGGGGAGGCGGUUCGGAGGUGGAGCUUAGGGAGAGAGAGACCGGAGAUGGCGGCUUCCGCGAGGCAGGGGGAGAGGGCGACCAGCUUCGCCAUGGCCUGCAGCCUGCUCAGCCGCUACGUCCGCCAGAACGGCGCCGCCGCCGCCGAGCUCGGCCUCGGAAUCAACAAGGGUGAGGCCGAGGCUCACAGGGCGGCGGACACGAAGAGCACUUUGCCCGGGGCGGAGGGCGAGGAGGCCGGCAGGAAGAAGGAGACCAUGGAGCUCUUCCCGCAGAGCGCCGGCCUGCAGGACGCCGCCGCCCCUGAUGCUACCAGGGAGGAAGACAAGAGCCAGCUGACCAUCUUCUAUGGUGGGAAGGUGCUCGUGUUCAACGAUUUCCCAGCCGACAAGGCAAAGGGCCUGAUGCAGUUGGCUGGCAAGGGCAGCCCUGUUGUUCAGAACGUCUCUGCGACCACAACUGCUGCAGACACCGCCAAGGUCCAGACGGCCGUGCUGGCCCCGGCAAGUAGUUUGCCUAGUGAUCCGGUUAAUGCUCACAAGUCUGCUCGUCCGAAUGCUUCUGAUCUGCCAAUUGCUAGAAAGGCGUCACUUCACCGAUUCCUUGAGAAGAGAAAGGAUCGUCUGCAUGCAAAGGCACCAUAUCAAGCUUCUCCUUCUGAUGCAACACCAGUCAAGAAGGAGUUUGAGAACCAGCCAUGGCUUGGACUGGGGCCGAAUGCCGCCCUGAAGCCAAACCAAUAAGGCGGCAUGACAGAAGCCUUAUGCCCUUACCAGAAAUAUGUGAAAUGUGCUUUGUCCUUAGAGUAUCAACAAGUCAUGAAUAUUUUAUCCCAUAUCAUGUUCUAGCGUUUUGUUUUAGGUUAUGGUUCUAUGUUAUUCGCCUCCAUAGUUCCGAUGUAAAGAGAAGUAGCAAAUGAUGAUGACCGGUGCCCGAAGCCCGAGAGAAGUUUUGGCAUGUUAACACAUGGUGAUAUUGAGUUGGCCAUGCUAAGGAAAAAAAGUUAGUGCAAAGAAACAUAGCUGUAUCCUAUAUGUGAACUCUGAUCAUUCCGUAUUGUCAUUGAGUUUUAUCCUUGAUUUGUAAAAGCAAGUGAUUGUAAUGGAUUCAUAUUAUGUUUGUAUUCCCGUGGCUGUAUGUUUACAUGAUUCGGUUCUCAG